AUGAUCCGUGCUGUGAAGAGUCGCUUGGGCACAGGAUACUGCGUGAGUGUGAAAAUCCGCAUUGACGCCGACUUGUCGCGCACAAAUACCCUGAUCUGCAAUGCGCUGCAUGCUGGUGCCUCGCUCAUCACAGUGCACGGUCGCACGCGGCACCAGUCUUCAUCCUCAGACCCUGUCAACUUGGAUGGUGUGAAAUUCGCCGUCGAGUGUGCGAAUGCUUGUGGUUUACAAACAGCCCGCGGCACGUCGCCAGGCGACGCAUGGGCUCAUGGGGAGGAUGGCGGCGCUGGUGGCCUGGCACCCUGUGUUGUCAACGGCGACAUUUGGACACGAGAUGAUGCCCAGGCAUGGCGGACUUAUACUGGCGCUCGUGGUGCUAUGAGUGCGCGUGGUCUUCUAGCGAACCCUGCCUUGUUCAGCGGUGCGCCUCGCACCCCUCCGGCCGCUGUCGCUGAAUUUGUGGACAAGUCGCUGUUGUGGGGUUUACCAACGGCCUUGCUGCAGUACGUAUACCCACCUUACGCCAGUCGCCACGUCGCCUAUAUGCUCGAAGAGAGCCUUCCAAGCAGAUUUGAGUUGAACUAUUUUAACAGUCUGGCCAGUCCAGCUAGCAUCCUCGACUGGCUAGAGGAGGCAGGGUAUGUACCUAGCGCGCUAGGGUAA